AUGUACUACAACAACAUCAGCUCCCGGUGCUUGCCCACCUGUGAGGUGACGUGCAUUGAGCCAUAUGCCUGCAGCAGUAGCCUUGAGCCCUGUGUGACAUCGUGUGGGGAUUCCAGAGCCGUGGUGUACGCCCCGCCGGUCGUCCUCACCUUCCCAGGACCGAUUCUCAGCAGCUGCCCUCAGGAGAGCAUUGUGGGAACAUCGCUUCCCCAGCCCUAUGGAGCUUUGACCACAUAUGGCUGGGGGAACUCUGGGAUGGGGGGCUCCUUUGGCUCUGGGGGCUCCUUUGGUUCUGGGGGCAUGUCAGGGAUGGGAGGUUCCUUUGGCUCUGGGGGCUCCUUUGGGUAUGGAGGCUCCUCAGGGUUGGGGGGCUGUUACAGCAGGCGGUCCUAUAGCAGCAUCUGUGGAUCCCGCCUUGGAAACUGUGGCUCAUUUUAA